GAGCCACAUCACUCCGUCACUCCGUCACGAUUCCACCCUCAAUACGGGAUACGAAAAAGAAAAGGAAAACUCGGCACCCCAUUUCCCAACGCUGUAACUGGGCCGUAUCGCUCCGUCCCGUGGCCUGCCCUACCUUAGCACAGGACGACGAGGAAGCCUUGGUGCUUCAUUCCCACUACUGCGCCGAAGUACUUCGUUACGGUUCCACCCCCCUCAAUACGGGAUACGAAAAGGAAAGUUCGGCAUUUCAUUUCCUAGCACUGUAACUGAGCCGCAUCGCUCCGUCCCUGCCCUACCCUGCCUCAGCACAGGACGACAAGGAAGCCUUGGUGCUUCAUCCACCACACUCCGCCGCAUCACUUCGUUCCCUCCUCAAUACGACUGACGUGGCACGGGCGCACUUCUUCCGAGUCAUCAUGGCUUUUUUCAUCGAUGGCUACACUGUGUCUGCCUUGGUGGCAUACGUUGCGCUCUGUGCCCUUUUGCGAUACCGUCAGAAGCAUGCGAUCGAGGCGAAGUUCCGAAUGUCGCUGGGGGACAUGACCCUCUUGCAGGCAUACGAAAUUCAGAAAUGGCUCGGCGAGCAAGAAUUCCCUGCUACCUUUUCUGCCUCGAUCUUCUUUGCCCUGUUCAAGACGUAUGGUGUCCCUUCCAUCUCCCGGCUCCUUGUAGCGACUGGCCAGAUCGCCGACCGCAAUGACACCCACGAUCUGGAGAGGACUUCGAAGCGUACGGCCGACACAAGUGUGUUGAUCACCAACAUGGUCAUCGGUCGGCCCGGCUCCCGGCGAGCCAUCGAAGCCGUCGCACGUACUCGAUUUCUCCACGCCGGUUACCGGGAAAGCAGAAAGAUUUCCGACGAUGAUAUGCUCUACACCCUGAGCCUUUUCGUCCUGGAGCCUAUCCGAUGGGUUGCUCAAUACGAAUGGCGCUGCCUGACACGUCUGGAGCGCUGUGCCAUGGCAACAUGCUGGAAGGCCCUCGGCGAAGACCUCAACAUCCCAUAUGAUAGGCUGCCAUCCUCGCAAAAAGAAAGGGGAUGGACCGACGCCCUGCAUUGGCUACGUGAGCUGGACGAAUGGAGCCGCGCAUACGCCCAUCAGAAUGUGAGAUUGCACAAGAGCAAUACCAUUCUCGCCAGCGCCACUAUGGAUAUGGUGGUGUUUAAAUUGCCCAAGAUAGCUAAACCGGCUGGCCAAUACAUUGUCUCCAUCAUCUUGGGGCCGGAUCUUCGCAAUGCGAUGGGGUAAUGGUUUUCCAAGGUCUCCCCCUUCUCACAUAUACAAGUACCGAGGGCUAACGUGAGAGUGCCUGAUCGGCCAGGCUUCCCUGCCCGUCUCCCUAC